AUGUGCAAAAUGGUCAGUGACCAAGCUUCAAUAAUCAGUAUGAAAUGCGCGAGAAUUUUAAAUGGACAUAAAAAAUGUGCCCAAGUUCAAAUCUUGUUUCAGGCAGGCCGUGAUAGCGAAUGGCAAAUGCUUUUGACGGAUCACGAUUAACGAAUGGAAUUGGCGAAGGAAUAAUUUCCAGAUGUUAACAAACGCACUCGCCACGGCCGCGCUCGCCAGUGGCCACUCCGAUGUUACUGGUGCGCGCCCCGCCGUCUCCGCCGCCGCUCUCGGCGGCGACCAACUUCCCGGCGAACCUGGAGCGCCCCCUUCGCCUUCGCGGCGUGUCCUCUUCCCAUGCCGGCGUUGCUACGGCCGCUGCCGCGGCGAAGCCGGCGGCUUCCUCCCUGGGCGGGCAAAAGCGCAAGCAGGUGGCGAGCGUGGCGAACCCGCUGGUGAAGCACUGCGUCAAGCUCCGGCUCUCCGCAGCGUACCGCCGCUCCUGCCGCCGCCUCCUCCUCGUCGGCCUCGCGCCCAUCCUGGAGGUGUGUAGGUUUGAGCUCGACGCCAUCGAUUACUUGCUUCUCAUGGACGGCGUAGAGGUCCCGGAGGCGCUGCGCGAGUUCUCCGGUGACGUCGUGCAUGUCAGCGCCGCGGUGAUGAAGAAGGUGUCCGGGAUGCAGUCGGUUGAUUCCACCGAGGCGAUUGCUGUCAUGCACAUGCCUAACCAUUUCCGCGACCUCGGGAGCCAUGAGGACGGGGAUGCCCUUGAUGGGUUGCUCAGUUAUCCAAAGAGGAUUCUAGUCCUUGAUGGGAUUCAGGAUCCUGGUAACCUUGGAACACUGAUAAGAUCAGCUUGUGCUUUCAAAUGGGAUGGAGUAUUCCUUCUUCCGGCUUGUUGUGAUCCUUUCAAUGAAAAGGCUAUUCGUGCAGCCCGUGGAGCCUCUUUGCAGCUUCCUAUUGUCUCUGGUACCUGGCAUGACCUGCAUGCAUUGAUGACAAAGUAUGGUAUGAAGAUGAUGGCAGGCCAUCCAGAAAGUAGCAGUGAUGCAUCCAAAGGAAUCUACUCGCUGUCCAAAGAACUAGCUGAUUCACUGUUGAAUGAGUCUCUGUGCUUAGUGUUAGGAAGUGAGGGCAAUGGCCUCUCUGCAGAGACCCUCCAGGCAUGUGAGCUUGUAAACAUUCCAAUGGAAGCGUGGAACUGCACCAUCUGUCAUCAAGUGCUUCCAAGGAGAGUUGAUUGUAAGCGGACUUGAAAUACAAAGCCACUCUGUAAAAAGUGCCGGACCAACCCAUUCUAUGUCGCCAGGUUCAGCUGAUGCCAGAUGAGUUCUGCCAAACCAAACAUGUUGUUUGUAUUUCUUUUUAUUCCUGAUCUUUAUCUUUUUUUUGUCUUCAAUUAAAUUUAAGAAGCAGAGGAAAAAGUUUAUAUUUGCCUCAACUAUUUACUCAUUGUGGGCUGAAUUCUAUAGGAUGUUUCAAAACUUUGACUUCUUGAAAGAAAUUAUGUGGUGGUUGUAGUUGCAUGUGUAAUCUGUAAUAGUUAUUAAUUCUCUAUACGUGGUGCUAAGACAACAUUUGUCAACUUCCAUUUCUCCUAAUCUUUUGUUAGUGAUUCUGAUGUCAUUGUGCAUAAAUCCCUCGUUAUUUUCCAGCGAUAGUGACAGCCCUUAUUAUGUUUGUUUGGUGAGUAGUUGCCAUCUGGAACAUCAGCUACUUGUUUCAGAACUGAACUUGUACAGUUCCCUGCCUCCUACAGUCCUACUCGAGCAAUGUAGUUUUCCGCGAACCACUAUUGAAACGAUCAUGUGCUGCUUUCAACUUGGAUCUCACAUGUUCACAAGUACAAACAGAGAUCAGUGAUGGACCAAUCAUAUUCAGGUACGAACAUAAAAUAUCUACUAGGCUUUGGCAUGUCCUCACAGCUACAGUUCAUUCUUAUAUUAAAAAAAAGUGGGGGACCUAGAUGCUUCAGAUCGUGCUGCUUCUCAUUAUUUAUGUCUUUAUAUAAAGUCCUUUAUUUAUGAAAGGAAGUUUUCAUGUGUAUAGCACAGCACUCGUUGUCUUAACCAACAUUAUCAUCCUGUCUAUGCCAAUAUAGGCAAGUUGUUGUCUCCAGUGGCCAGCGUGCCACGGUGCAUAUUUUCUCGUGAAACUGUGGUUAUCUUUGCCUUGUCAAUGACAAUGCCCAUGGACUCAUAUAAUUGCCUUUCUGACUCUGAAUCACGCAGGGUUGGUGUUCCUGCACAUCAUGCCAUUUGGCAGCUUGCUUUCAAUCCUUUUGGUGUCUUGCAGUGUGCUGGCUUGGGUUUGGUGGUGUUGAUAGAUCUGUGAUCGUCUAAAAUAGCAUUGGGAGGCUACUGAUUGGUCCAUCACUUAGCUGAAUUAAGCACUGCCAGGUUGGUGAAUGAUACUCUCUCGGCUUCUCUUUGGGAAGUACUCUAGCAAUCAGAUCACGUAAAGAAAGCUGAGUUAUCGCGGCCUGUGUCGGAGCUUCAUACGUGCAAGUGCAAUGCAUAUAAUGAGUUGUAUGCUGGUGGCCUUUUCUUGGUUCAGAGAAUUUGAGGGAAUAUUUCGCUUUAUUUGUUGGGAAGGGAUUUCAGGCUUCAGAGAGUUGCCCAUGUAUGGAUGUCGGGCCUUAUCAUUUGCAGAAGCUCCUGGAAUCCACUAGCUUUGCAGACUCUGAUUAUCGACAAGGGGCUCUGAUUAUUCGAUAAGGAAUUAUGUUUCAUAGGGAGGAGGUUAAAACUUAAAUAGUUCGAAUUAUGCAGCAGGAAUCUGGAAGCUUUGUGCAUCAUUCCAAAUUAAAGCGGGGCUCAAGUGCAAAGGAAACUCAUGUCGGUGGCUCAGUCCAUUGAAACCAAUGGAUCCUGCAACCAUGUCGUAUGCCGUCUUGUAGCACGUUGAACCGUAAGCCUGCAUGUUAUAAUGAUGGCUUAUUUUUUUUUCACUGGUGACUCACUGACUGUCAUGUGCUAAUAUGAUCUGUAGUAUUUCUACAAGCUACUUCUUUUGACUAUAAAUAUAUUUGUACAGAUAUUGCUAGUA